CCGGGCGUCGCGUGAUGACGUCAUUGCUGACCCCUGACCUCGUUCUGUCGCAGAAACCGGAGAAAAGACGAACCGAUAAAAACGGAGAAAGUGACAGAAGCAGAAACACGGAAACCGACAGAAACCCGAUUGAGUCAUUGCAGUCAUCAUGAGCAACAGUCACCAGUUACGUCCGUACACUUCGAUUGGUGAGAUUAAUCAUGUUCACAUCCUGUCGGAACAUGUGGGUGCACUGAUUCAUCAUGAGGAAUACAGCGAUGUCACCUUUCUGGUGGAGAAGAAACGAUUUCCUGCACAUCGUGUUAUUCUGGCAGCUCGUUGUCAGUAUUUUAGGGCAUUAUUAUAUGGUGGCAUGCGUGAGUCACAUUCCCAAGCUGAAAUCCCAUUGGAGGAUACCCCAGCGGAGGCAUUUACAAUGCUGUUGAAAUAUAUCUACACAGGCCAGGUCACACUCAGUAAUGAGAAAGAGGAAAUAUUGUUGGACUUUCUCAGUCUUUCCCAUAAAUAUGGAUUCCCGGAGCUGGAAGAUGCCACAUCUGAGUAUCUAUGUACCAUCCUAAGUAUUACUAAUGUCUGUAUGGUUUAUGAUGUGGCCAGUCUUUAUUCGCUACACAAACUUUCCAACACCUGCUGUCUAUACAUGGACAGGAAUGCAAAGGCCGUUCUUAGCAGUGAAGGCUUCCUGGGCCUCUCUAAGGCAGCCCUGCUCAAUGUGGUCUCUCGAGAUUCCUUGGCUGCUGCAGAGAAGGAUAUUUUCCUAGCCCUGAUGAACUGGUGUAAACAGAAUCCAGAUGAGACAAAUGUGGAGAUUAUGAAAGCAGUCCGCUUGCCACUGAUGAGUUUAACAGAAUUGCUGAAUGUUGUCCGGCCAGCAGCUCUACUGUCCGCUGACACCAUUUUAGACGCCAUCAAGAUUCGCUCAGAGAGUCGUGAUAUGGAGCUCAACUAUAGGGGCAUGCUCAUCCCUGAUGAGAACAUUGCAGCAAUGAAAUACGGUGCCCAGGUUAUUGGGGGUGAACUGAAAGCUGCUCUGCUUGAUGGAGACACUCAGAAUUACGAUUUGGAUCAUGGCUUCUCCCGACAUCCAAUUGACGAGGAUUGUAGAUCUGGGAUUGAAGUAAAAUUGGGGCAGGCAUCCAUUCUGAAUCAUAUUCACAUGCUGCUCUGGGACCGAGAUAGUAGGUCAUAUUCAUACUACAUUGAAGUGUCGAUGGAUGAGCUAGAUUGGAUUCGGAUCAUCGAUCAUUCCAACUACCUGUGUCGCUCCUGGCAGAACCUAUUCUUCACUCCCCGUGUCUGCAGAUAUAUCCGCAUUGUUGGAACACACAACACUGUCAACAAGGUUUUCCACUUAGUCUCGUUUGAAUGCAUGUUUACCAACAAGCCCUUCUCAUUGGAUUCUGGAUUACUGGUUCCCACAGAAAACGUGGCCACAGUUGAAGCCAGCGCCACUGUGACUGAAGGAGUAAGUCGCACUCGGAAUGCUCUACUAAAUGGAGAUACGAAGAACUACGACUGGGAUUGUGGUUACACCUGCCAUCAACUGGGAAGUGGAGCCAUUAUGGUCCAGUUAGCACAGCCUUUCAUGAUUGGAUCCAUGAGGUUACUGCUCUGGGAUUGUGAUGAUCGAAGCUACAGUUUCUACAUCGAGGUCUCCGACAAUCAGCAGCAAUGGAGGAUGGUGGCUGAUCGCACAAAAGUUACUUGCAGAUCAUGGCAAACAAUCAGCUUUGAGCGGCAGCCGGUGGUGUUUAUCAGGAUCGUGGGGACCUAUAACACAGCCAACGAGGUAUUCCACUGUGUGCACUUUGAGUGUCCAGCACAAAGGAACAUCCACCAGGAAGCAAGUGAAGAUGCAUCAGGAGCAAGUGAUGCACCAGAAUAUAGAUCUGGACAAGGACUCUCAACUGGAACACAAACUCAGUCUGUCACUAAUGCAAGAACCGGGCCACAGUUCAGCCGCUGAGUUUGGCACAUUUAGAAAAUAAUCCCUAUCAUUCUUGGCCAUGACUUUAAAACAAAAUCAGACUGAUUCCAAUGGAGGGGAAUUCCAGAUGGACAGGUCCCUGUUUUUGUCCAUAUUGCACAACAUGGCAAGUUUGGUCAACCCUAGUUACCUGAUGAAGAACUGCCUGAUGUAGACCAUUUCCAUGAUCCAUGCAUAAUCAGUACGCUUCAAAUUGUCAUGUUUAUAUCACUUAUCCAGCAUGUGGGAGGAACUGGGAUUAGGAUCCUGUUUCCAAUCAGGAACUGUUUGCAUCCUCAGAGGUGGAACUUGUCUUAAUGCAGAGGCUGAAGGUGAUUCCAUCUGAGUGCUGUGCCCAUAUCCUGCUGCAGCUUUGCUGUGUGAGGUUCUACACAAAAUCAAACCCGUGUUUAAGUCAUGGACUAAUUGCCACGAGGAUGGGAUUGAUUGUAACUGCUCUACAGCCAUUUAUAGGAACUUCUGCCUGUCUCUUUGCAGAGUUCAGUGUUUCCUUGUUUCACCCAUUUACAAAACAAUCCUUCAUUUGAGCUCCAGGUUUAUCCUGUUGGUUUUCAAAUGUUGGUCACAAGGAUUUCUGAUUGAGAGCCAGGAAAGCAAAUCGGACCUCGCCGGAGAUGAGCUGCUUUCAUUCACAUUGUUUAACUCGGGGUGGGUUUAAUUUCAGAGGCUGGUUAAUGUAUAAUUUUUCAAUGAAAAUGUGAGGGUUGUUGAAUGAUUGCCUGAAGGGCAUUACUGCACAAGAUAUCAAUGUUACUGUCCGGGGUGUGCCGGGCUGGAAACUGUACUUAUGUUUUGUAAGAAGGAGUGGAAGACCUUGCCAUUUAUAUUUUGGGUCAUUGUGAAAUGCAAGCACUAGGAAAUUCCUUCCAUUCCGACCCAGUCAAUGGUGAGACAAGAGGGCCCUGGUAUUGUGGUCAUCUUCUGACCUGGGCUUAUGUUGUUGAAUCUGGAGAAGUGACAGACCACUGUGUAUAUUCAAAUAAAGCCAUCCUCAAUCGCAAA